UAAAGCAUUACUCAACCAAUAGUGGCCAAAAACCUUUUCAUACGGUGUCACAAAUCUAUUGUCAGUACCAUCCGUCAAAUUCUAUUUAUUGAACUGAUAAAAUGAAUAAGCAAGAGCCGGUCAGCCAAGAGGUGGAGCUGUUGCACCACUAAUCAUCUCGAGAGCUGAUCUGCUGAAAAGUUCAAGUCCUUCAUUCUAAACUCAAACGUUGAACACCGGUUUUGAGUAAGAGCAAAGCAGGCCGAAAGAUCAGCUACAGCAGCUGCUGUUGUUGUGACUGUUGUCAAGCAGACCAUCGCAUUACACUAAUGAAUCAAAUUCAUCAGGAAGAAAGGCCGACGGAGGGCCACACUACCAAGACCGGGUGGUUUGCGGAUCUUAAUUCCUCCUAAUAGGAUUAGCUGUUGCAAGAUGGGAUGCACAGGCAACAUCUCAGCAUGUUGUAGUAUUCACUCCAAAAUACAGGGUACACACUUGUUUGCUCUGGGUUGUGACUUUUUUUUUCAAGUAAUCAAAAAAUUAAUGGGGUGAUAGUAUAUUUCAAAAGUGUAUCAUCAAUUGAAUUUAAUGGGGCUGCUGGAUAAACUGUCAGGCUGGUUGGGCCUGAGGAAGAAGGAAGUCAAUGUUUUAUGUUUGGGACUGGACAACAGCGGCAAAACUACCAUCAUCAACCAGUUGAAACCAGCUAAUCAUUCGAAUUGCUUAGGCCCAUUCUCAGAGGAGUGGAAACAUGUUAGUCAGACACCAGGACAAGAAGUAGUCCCAACCAUUGGCUUCAACAUUGAAAAGUUCAAGAGUUCAAGCCUUUCCUUCACAGUAUUCGACAUGUCUGGCCAAAGCAGAUACAGAAACCUGUGGGAGCACUACUACAAAGAAAGCCAUGCCAUCAUUUUUGUCAUCGACAGCAGUGACAAAUUGAGAAUGGUCGUUGCCAAAGAGGAGCUUGAUACUCUUCUCAGCCAUGAAGAUAUUUGCAGUAAAAAGCUGCCCGUGUUGUUCUUUGCAAACAAGAUGGAUCUCCAUGACGCCAUGUCGUCGGUUAAGGUCUCCCAGAUGUUGUGUUUGGAGACUAUCAAAGACAAACCUUGGCACAUCUGUGCUAGCAAUGCUAUCGAGGGAGAAGGCCUGAAGGAGGGGGUGGACUGGCUCCAAGAACAAAUUGCACAGUCAUGUCAAAACAAUGGCGAAGUGAAUGAGUGAAAUGCCAAUGGAGACGGUUGGACACUCAACCUUUAAUCAGGAAUGAUAUCAUUCCGUCUUUGUUGUAGGACAAACAUUUUCAAAGCAUGCUGAGACAAUUUUCCGCUAAUAUUAUAAUUUGUACGAAACAAUUUUGUUCCCAUUUAGGCUUACAUGAAACUUUUUUUUUCAUGUCAAACGUUAACACGUUAUAGUAUUAUCAUAUGGAUGAAAUUAAAAUAGUCACCAAAGGACUUAAAUACAGUUUGAAUGACAUAUUGACC